AUGUCUAAGUCACUUGCAAUACUCGCGACUUUCGUCAUUGCGGCUUGGUCCUCGCCUAUCGCAGAGCCAGACCCUCAGCUCUCCUUGCCUCCUCUGAUUCCCAGCAUCCCAGGAGUCACGGAUCCUAUUGUCAGCAAUGCACCGCCACUGCCAAUCCUGCAACUGCCUACUCCACCGCUUGCGAGUCCUCCUUUCGUUGGAAGCAAUAUCAAGCCCAAGAAGAUUGGUUAUUUCUGGACGGGUGCUGGAGACAAUAUUCACGCCGAUUUCUUGGCCACAUAUAGUCUUGACGAUGAUACAUUUGGUGAAUUCAUUUGGUUGACAGAUGUCCCUACCAGUGGGAACAGCCCACAUCAUCUAGGCUCUAGUUUGGAUGGAAAGACCCUCGUGGGUGGUGGAUUGCUCUCCCUGUUGAAAACUCAGGACACUGCCUAUUACUUUGAUACCACAAACCCAUACCGACCAACUUUCAAAAAGAGCAACCGCGCCCUCCUCGCUUCCAUUACGGAUGAAAUUCGUGCGAAGCCAGAUGGUGGCUUUUUGAUUACAUACAUGGGCUCUACUGUAGGAACCGCCCCCGGCCGCCUAGUCGAGACUGAUGCAAACUUCGAUAUUAUCGGCCAGCAUCCCGAAGAUCUCGGUGGUUUGGGCAAUAUCCUCGGCGAGACAUUUGCACCCCAUGGUCUCACUGUCGACUUCGAGAAAAAUAUCAUCCUCACCUCUGACUUUGUCAUUCCCAUCACUGUCUUGAAGCCGAGUCUUGGGAUCCAAAAGGCCAAUACCUUACGCCUCUGGAACCUUGCAUCUAGAACAAUUAUAAGCACCAUCACUAUCCCAAAUGGCGGCGGUAUUCAAGAUGUGAAGUUCAUUCCCGGUAACCCGGAGACAGCUGCGCUGGCGACUGCAGUGCACCUCGGUCAAAUCUGGAUCAUCUACCCCUUCCGCACCGAUUCGAACGGAAAGCAAGGAGUGGCCGAACUCCUUUAUGACCUCGGGCCCAAAGCCCGCGACACCACGGCCAUCUACUCGGACAUCACCCAAGACGGAAAGUUCAUUUAUUUGACCCUCACCACCGCCAACCACAUUGCGGCACUCGACAUCUCUGACUUGAACAACGUAAAGCGACUCGACGACCCUGAUGAGAUCCAGCCCACCAUCGGCCCGCACUACAUCAAGAUCACUCCGGAUCAGAAGCACGUUCUCGUGACGGACUACUUUGUCCAGACGGGUGAUAUCGGCAUCCUUAACACCCCAGCUGAUUUCAAGGCACUGUAUAUUGAUAUCAAUGAUGAUGGAAGCCUGCACUUCAAUCGUACGAUUGAUUUCACAGGGCCUUAUGGUAACCGUGGCGGCGCAAAGCCACAUUCGAGUGUUGUCUUUGACUUGACUGACCCUGCCAACCCGAAGUACUAUUAG